AUGUCGAUGAAGUUGUUCACUUUGCUCACUCUUGCGGUGUGGCUUUUCACGGCCACAUCAACACUAUCCCAAUCCAACAACGACUAUGUGCUCGACACAAAUGGCGACCCUCUUGAAUCCGACGAGGAAUACUUCAUCAGGCCAGCCAUUACAGACAACGGAGGACGUUUCACCUUGAUCAACAGGAACCAGUCAUGCCCUUUGUACGUUGGUCUUGAAAACACCGACUUGCCACAGGGAUACCCUGUGAGAUUCACCCCUUUUGCCAACGACCACGAUGACGAUGAAGUGAGGUUGAAUAGGGACUUGAAAGUGGAAUUCGUUGAAGUUUCUUCAACGUGUGUGCAAUCCACAGAAUGGAAGUUGGGUGAGAAUGAUACGAGUGUUGGAAGGAGGGUUAUUAUCACUGGUCGAGAUGAUGGAACACGAAGUGCAGGAAACUAUUUCAGAAUUGAUGAAACACAAAACGCGAGAAUCUAUAACAUCAGGUGGUGCCCUACUGAAGUGUGCCCCACUUGCAGAUUCAUUUGUGGGACUGGUGGAAUUCUGCGUGAAAAUGGCAAGAUUUUGUUUGUUUUGGAUGGUUCUGCGCUCCCAGUUGAGUUCCAGAAAAAAGAUGAUUAA